CUUGUAGUACUUCAACAGCUGGAGGGCCAUAGUUUGGAGACCCCUGGUUUUGGAAAUCUGCUUUGUGCAACAGUGGCCAAUUCCAGCAUCCAAGUUUUCUCUGUGUUCCGCUGUGAUAAAGGUCUCCUGAGAACCUAGGAGGUGUAACCCAGAGCAGGGGCGGACUGACCAUUUAGAAAUUCGGGCACUGCCCGAGGGCCCGGAGUCAGUAGGGGGCCCCAUGAGAUGCCCCUGGUACCUUUUUUAUAGGCUUUUUUGAGUUUGGGCAAGGAAACAGGGGCCCCAUGAUCCCCUAUUGCCCUGGGGCCCCAUGA